GUCGAGUUGUGAAAGAAGAAAAGAAGAAGAAACAAACCAAGCUGUUGUUUUGAAAGUAACUAAAAUUGUUUUUACACAAAAAUAGCGUCGUUUUCUAGUUUUACAACCGAUUUAAUCCACAUUUGUUAAAGCUGAGAGGAUUUUUGUUAAUUUAAUCGAUUGUAUUUUACCAACAACAGUGCACUAUGGAUAAUUUUCAAGCCAAGAAACCCAAAGCCGAAGGUUAUGUUCGAUAUUUUGUUGUCAUUUAUCCCACAUGUGCUUACUCGUUUAGUGAAAAAACAGUUUAUUUCAAACAAAUCAAAAUGAUCCGGCGUCAAGCUCGCCUACGUAGAGAGUACCUCUACCGAAAAACGAUAGAAGAAAGACAAAAAUCGAUCCAGGACAAAAAGGAACGAAUCAAGAAAAGCAUCGAACACCACACCACAAUCCAUGGCGAUCUACAAAACAAAGCCUUGCAUUACGCCAAGAAACUGGAAUGGGAAGACGCCGGGCCCCAGCGGGCCGCCAUCAUGGGCGGCGAGAGCGGCGGCGCCGUAGCCGAUUCGCAGGACGACGAGUACAGAUACGCAGGCGUCGAAGACCCCAAAAUAGUCAUAACGACAUCGAGAGACCCCAGUUCUCGGCUGAAAAUGUUCGUCAAAGAGCUCAGAUUGAUAUUCCCGAACGCCCAGCGCAUGAACCGGGGCAACUAUGAAAUGAAGCAACUCAUACAUGCUUGUCGAGCCAAUGAUGUUACGGAUUUUAUCAUAGUACACGAACAUAGAGGUGUUCCGGACGGUUUGGUGAUAUGCCACUUACCUUACGGGCCUACAGCCUAUUUCAACAUGUCCGAUGUGGUUAUGAGGCACGACAUACCCGAUUUAGGCACCAUGUCAGAGCAGUACCCGCAUUUGAUAUUCCACAAUUUCAAAACCAAGUUAGCGGAUCGCACGAUGAGCAUAUUAAAAUAUUUGUUUCCUGUACCUAAGGAGGAAUCGAAGAGGGUGAUAACGUUCGCGAAUCACGAUGAUUACAUCAGUUUUCGACAUCAUACUUAUAAAACGGUGGAUCGAAAGAUUGAACUCAGCGAAGUUGGGCCUCGAUUUCAGUUGAGAUUGUACGAAAUUAAAUUAGGAACGUUGGAUAAUGUGGAUUCAGCGGACACUGAAUGGGCUCUACGUCCUUACAUGAACACGACUGUUAAAAGACGGUUUUUCAGCGAUGAAGACGGGUGGAAACAAGAAGAUGAUGUUUGUUUGUAUUUCGAUGGUGUUUCAGAUCUCGAAGUCACAGGUGUAUCGAGGAGUGGACGGGUGAGGAAAAAAUCAUCGAAACUGAUGGAUUUCGAGUCUCCCGAUGAGAUCGAAAGGUCCUAUAAUAAGCGCUCGCCCGCUGUGCACAGGAAGAGCGAAUCGUUCGAAGGGUCUCCCAAAAAACAGAAAUUCGACGAAGUGUAUCAGAAAGAUGAUAAUUUCGAUAUGGACGAGAGCGGUUCGGAAAACAGCGAGUACGAGCCGAAUACAAACGCCACAGAAUCCAGCAUAGACGAAUCGGUGGAAUCGGACAGCGAUUUCGAGGAAAACGAAGGCUUUCGAAGGCUCGACUCCAACUCAUCCAAGAAGAAACUAGUCAUUAAAGACGGCAAAAUAAUCAAACCCGACAAGCUAAAGGGAAAAGACAAAGAGCAAUUCUCGAACUUCAACAAAUCUUUAACGGCCAAACUAGCGAGUAAAUCGAGUAAAAAAUCCGCAGCGGGUAAAACCCCGCCGGGGCCUCUGCAGCCCUUCCAAAUCGGUUUAUCCACCUACGAAAACAUCAACGUUUCGCCGCCCAGUCCUCGAGGAAAAGACUCCCCAUACAAAGUCAACGGUAUCAAGCCCAUUGACGUUGCAGCGCAUCUGAAACUCCUCGGAGAAAGCUUAACCAUCAUCGGCGAGAGACUAAAGGAACACGAGGUUGGUCAAAUAGCUGUAUCGGGUAGCCUUUCGGUGCUCUUGGACUCGUUGCUGUGCGCUUUAGGACCUUUACUGUGCUUGACACAGCAAAUACCCGAAUUGAAAGAGAACUGUUGCACGCCCGAGGAGUUGAUAAGUACUUUAGAUAAUGUAGCUUUCAUUAUGCCCGGGCUUUGAAUAAAUUAUUCUGGUGUUU